CACACGGUGGUCCUCCAACCGCCGCAGCACCUGCUUCAGGCGAGCGUCAUGCUCCGCCUGGGACGGUGCGUGGAUGAUGAUGUCGUCGAGGUACACCUCCACCCCGGGGAUGCCCUCCAGCAUCGACGUCAUCACCCUCUGAAAACAAGGGCCGGCACUCGCCAGACCAAAGUUUACACGGCGGAACCGGUACAAACCCUUGUGGCUGACAAACGUGGUCAGGUUCUGGCUGUCGGGAUGCAGCUCCAGCUGGUGGUACGCGUCCUUCAGGUCCAGCCUGGAGAACAUCAGCGAACCACGGAGCCGAUCGAGAACGUCCUCAAUCCUCGGGAGAGGAUGACCAUCCGUGAUGACCGCCUGGUUCACCCUCCUCAUGUCAACGCAGAGGCGGAUGGCACCGUCCCGUUUCCUGCCAACGACCAGUGGCUGAAAGAGCUGGAUUGGAUGCUGGAAAGUGAUAUGAUAUGCUUGAAAUCACUUCGAAAAUUUUGUUUUCAAGGUAUUCCUGUGGAAAACGGUCGGCGAGCUCUGUGCUGGAAGCUGCUGCUGAACUACCUGCCACCCAGCCGGUUGGCCUGGGACGAGGCGCUGGACGGACAGCGCUGCGCCUACCGCCGCUUCGUCCGCGAGAUGGUGGUGCGGCCCGGUGGCGCCGCCGGCGGGUCCGCGGCGGCCCGUGUCGACGUCACCGAGCACGACCAUCCCCUCAGCGACCAGCCCAACUCGCAGUGGCAGACCUUCUUCAAAGACAACGACGUCCUGGGACAGAUCGACAAAGACGUCAGGCGGCUGUGCCCGGACAUAUCGUUUUUCCAGCAGCCCACCGAGUUCCCGUGCCAGGAGGUGGUGUGCGGCGACUACCACGAGCGGCUGCACGAGCGCGUGCAGCGCGUCUACCUGGACUCGGCCAGCGUGUGCCGAGUCGGCCUCGGCAUGCAAACGAAGGUGGACGCCAAGCGGCGCCAGCAGGAGCACGACUAUGUGGCGCUGCCCGGCGGCCAGGAGGCCCACUGGGAGGUCGUCGAGCGCAUCCUCUUCAUCUACGCCAAGCUCAACCCGGGACAGAGCUACGUGCAGGGCAUGAACGAGAUCGUCGGACCCAUCUACUACACGUUUGCCUCGAACCCGGACGCACGCUGGCGAGAGCACGCGGAGGCGGACACGUUCGGCGUCUUCACCAACCUGAUGUCUGAGAUCCGCGACUUCUUCAUAAAGACGCUGGACGACUCUCACUCUGGCAUCAACUUCCGCUUGCGGCUGCUGAUGGAGCGGCUGCACCACCACGACCCGCACCUGGCCGUGCGGCUCAAAGUGCAGCAGCUCUACCCGCAGUACUUCGCCUUCCGGUGGAUGACGCUUCUCCUGUCACAAGAGUUCACGCUGCCCGAUGUGAUAAGAAUCUGGGACUCGCUGUUCGCGGAUGAAAAGCGCUUCGACUUUCUGACGGAGGUGUGCUGCGCUAUGAUGAUACAAGUGAGGGAGCAGCUCAUGUCCGGUGACUUUGCGCACAACAUGAAACUGCUGCAGAACUACCCGCCGUUGGAGAUUCGCACCGUCCUGGCCAAGGCUGAGUGGCUGCUGUCGCGGUGACGCCCCGUGCCCGAGGGGCAGGCCGGGGCCUGGCUGCGGCCGGCUGCUCGUCACGGAGCUGUGUAUGCACCUGUUAUUUUCCUGUGUAUCGAGGUAUCGUGGUGGCGUCUGUUACGAGCGUCGUGAAAUGCUGCUGACAAGUCAGCAGAGUAUACUUAAUAUCCUGUGCAUGAUAUUCAUCAGUCAGUUUUAUAUGAAUACCAAGAUUGUUCAUACAUGUAUGCUCACAAGUGCUUCAUAUGUAUUGCUAUAAUAAUUCGGUACGCUGUGACUGCCAUUUUGAGAUCGAUCACUGACCGUCAUAUUUUGCUCAAAUGCGACGGAAUCCGUGAAUUAAUCAAAGUGCAAAACUCUGGAGAUGUUAUCAGUUGUAAUAUUUUGCCGAUUAUAAGACAUGUAAUGCAACUUAUCGGGCUUUGGUUGAAGCAAUAGUUACUUGCGUAAAAUAAACUGGUCGCGUUGGGCGCUGAA